UCAUGACCGCUCAUGUGACCUCACAUGUGGUCAUGUGACCUCACAUGUGGUCAUGUGACCGUGGUUCCUCGUGAGGAGAUUGUUUUACUCGCUCAGCUGGUAGUUUCUUCUAAUUGAAGCUGAAAUUUGCUCCGUUCCCAUAGAGACGGCAGGAUAAUGAGGAUGCUGAGGGAAACUCUGGCUCUCCUGUUCCUCGGGGCCUGUCUGGACUCUGCAGCAGCCGCACGGACCUGCUCGUCGUUUUUCUGCCGAAAAUCUCACCGAGUCAGCGGUCUGAAUGGGGUGGACCCCGGGUCCCCUCUGUUUAUCACUCCCUAUCUGGAGAAAGGCGCCAUAGAUGAAGCCAGGAAACUAAGUAUGGUUGGAAACAUGCCUGGAGCAAAUGUCAAGAGUUACGCCGGUUACUUCACAGUCAGCAAAAAAUACAACAGCAACCUCUUCUUCUGGUUCUUCCCUGCAUACACGGCAAGCCAGGACAAGGCACCAGUACUUCUCUGGCUGCAAGGUGGACCCGGCGGCACCUCCAUGUUCGGUCUGUUUGUGGAACACGGACCGUAUGUGGUGUAUAAGAACAUGACUGUCGGUUUGAGGGAUUACGCCUGGACGAGCAGAUAUUCAGUUUUGUAUAUUGACAAUCCGGUUGGAACAGGUUUCAGCUUCACUGAUGAUGACAGAGGCUUUGCCCAGAAUCAAGAUGAUGUUGGCAGAGACCUGUACAGCGCUUUAACACAGUUCUUCCAGCUCUUCCCUGAGUAUCAGUCCAAUGACUUCUAUGCAACUGGAGAGUCGUAUGCAGGGAAAUAUGUUCCUGCCAUUUCCUACUACAUCCACAAAAACAACCCCACUGCAAAGGUGAAGAUCAACUUUAAAGGCAUGGCUAUUGGUGAUGGACUCUGUGAUCCAGAACUGAUGCUGGGGGGUUAUGGAGAGUUCAUGUAUCAGACAGGAAUGAUAGAUGAACUCCAAAAACAGUACGUGAACAAGCAGACGGACCUUGGCGUGAGACUCAUCCAGCAGCAGAAAUGGGUGGAGGCUUUUAAGGUUUUUGACUCUCUGCUGAACGGCGACGUGGAUCCAUAUCCUUCAUUUUUCCAAAAUGCCACAGGCUGCACCAACUACUUUAACUACAUGACAUGCCAGGAGCCUGAAGACCAGGAGUACUUCUCCCAGUUUGUGACUAUGCCUGCUGUGCGGAAAGCCAUCCACGUAGGCAACCUGACCUUCCAUGAUGGCUCUGAGGUGGAGAAGCACCUCCUGCAGGAUGUGAUGAAGAGCAUCAAACCAUGGCUGGGGGUUCUGAUGGACAACUACAGGGUCUUAAUCUAUAGUGGUCAGCUGGAUGUGAUCGUAGCUGCUCCUCUUACCGAAAGGUUCCUGCCAACUGUAAACUGGACCGGUGCCGCCGAGUAUAAAACAGCUCCCCGAUUCCACUGGAAGCUUCAGCCCAGUGACACUGAGGUGGCAGGCUACGUCAGACAAGUCGGAGAGUUUUUCCAGGUCAUCGUCAGAGGAGGAGGACACAUCCUGCCUUACGACCAGCCGGCGAGAUCCUUUGAUAUGCUGGACAGAUUCUUGUCAACAAGGGGCUGGGUGUGAAAGGAAAUCAUUAUGGGCUUGAAGAACACACUGAUUGUUUAGUGUUGAUUUCUAAAAAACUGUUGAUUGUCACAACAAAUGUAAAUAAAUUUUUAUACAUGUAUAUAUUAUUGCAAUGAUUUGAAAAAAAAAACUUGAAUUUUGUUGUUACUUUUAUCUGAUGCAUCACCACUAAUGAAUUUUUACAGGUUCUUAUCGACUGAAUUCAGUCAAGAUUUUUUUUCUUUACAGAAAUCAAUUUUAAAAGUGUUGCUUGUGUUUAGUCAAAUUUGAGGUUCUGUAAGAGUGUGUUAUUUUAUUAGAUUGCUUUAAAUAAAAUAUCUUGUUUUUUUUUGAUGACAUGAGUUUGUUCUGAUGGUUUUAGUAAUUUUGAAAUGGUACACAAGGGGUCGCUAUAUUAUAGUAAAUUGCAGCUGCAUAUCAUUGCUGACCAGAACGAUGGUCAUUGAUAGUGUUUUCUUUUUUUAAGUUAAUGCAAUAAAAUCUCUAAUCUGCUGAAUUUUGGUUUGAUAAAUUGCUGACUACAUCCCUCUAUAAAGUGUGGAGCAUGUUUUUUGAAAGCUGUGGGAGAUGAAUCUGCUACAUCAUGAACACUUUGCAGCCUGCCUUUUGUUUUUUUUUUGUUGUGUGAAAAAGCAGUAGGAAAACAUCCAGCAUGGUGUGCCUGUUAACAUGUGUUUAUUAGUUGCAAAUAAAUGUUUCUUUUGUUGAAAAAAGUGCUUUGAUAAUUGAUGUUUAUUUGUAAUGCAUCUAAAAGACAUGCUUCCUAUUAAAGAACUAAAAAGUA